AGGAGAGAGAGCAGUGAUAUUCUUAACUCCUAGCAGCACAAGCUCAGCACUCUAUCUCCCAGAAAAAAUAAGGAAAUCAGUCUACAGCUAGACAGGCCGCAUUUGCUGGAUGGAUUCAAUCUUCUCUCUCAUCGGAUCCUAUAUUGACUGGGAUUUCAAAAGUCUGCUGCUCUUCACAGUAGUUUUCAUCAUUGCUGCAGAUUUUGUGAAGAACCGUCGACCAGUUGGCUUCCCUCCAGGACCUUUGCCACUUCCAAUUGUGGGAAACAUGUUUUCUCUUGACCACACCAGGACCCAUGAAGCACUGACACAGUUAGCAGAAAAGUAUGGAGACGUGUACAGCCUACGAAUGGGCCAGGUAUGGAUGGUCGUAUUAAACAGGUUUGAGGUUCUGAAAGAAGCUCUCGUAACGCAGGGAGACAGCCUGGCAGACCGACCGCAGCUUCCUAUGCAACAUGACGUAACACAUGGACUAGGUAUUGGUUUCACUAAUGGGCACAUGUGGAGGCAGCAGAGGCGAUUUGCACUUUCAACUCUCAGAUAUUUUGGAUUUGGAAAGAAGUCACUCGAGCCUGUCAUUCUGGAUGAAUUUACACAUUGUGCUGAAGAGUUCAGAAGCUUUAAAGGUAAGCCAUUUAAUCCACACCUCGCCAUUAACAACGCCGUCUCCAACAUCAUCUGCUCCCUGGUUUUUGGUCAUCGCUUUGAGUACAGUGAUGAGAAGUUCAAGAAACUGUUAGGGAUGUUUGACGAUGCAUUCCGGAUUGAAGCCUCCAUCUGGGCACAGCUCUACAACUCAUUCACUGUGCUCAUGAGACGUUUGCCAGGCCCACACCAGAGAUUCUUUCAGAUUUGGAGAGCGAUGUUUGACUUCAUACGCCAAGAGAUAAAGGAGCACAAGCAGACCUGGGAUCCCUCAGAGCAAAGAGACUACAUUGACUGCUACCUGAAGGAGAUUCAGAUGAAUAAAGGGAAACGUGACAACACUUUCGAUGAGGAAAACCUGAUUAUGUGUGUUGUGGACCUGUUUGCGGCUGGUUCAGAGACCACAUCCACCACCCUGCGCUGGGCAUUCCUCUACAUGGCAAAAUAUCCUGAGAUCCAGGAAAAGGUCCAGGCUGAGAUAGACAGAGUGAUUGGACAGUCCAGACAUCCAUCCAUGGAGGAUCGUGCAAACCUUCCCAACACAGAUGCUGUUCUCCACGAGAUCCAGAGGAUGGGCAACAUUGCUCCUCUCAGUCUGCCACAUUCUACCAACAGAGACGUCCAGCUGGGAGGCUACACCAUCCCAAAGGGAACUACAAUAAUUCCCAAUCUGACCUCUGCGCUGUUUGACAAGAAUGAGUGGGAGACGCCCUUCACCUUCAACCCAGAACACUUUCUGAAUGAGGAGGGCAAGUUUAUGAAACGAGCAGCUUUCAUCCCUUUCUCUGCUGGUAAGCGUCUGUGUCUCGGGGAGAAUCUGGCCAGGAUGGAGCUCUUCCUCUUCUUCACCUCCUUCAUGCAGCACUUCACCUUCUCCAUGCCUGCUGGGGUGAAACCUGUGCUCGACUACCGCUUUGGAAUCACUCUGUCACCGAAAGAAUAUGAAAUAUGUGCAAUCGCACGUCAAGAGUAGUAUAUUUAAGAAAAAAAGAACAGAAAAACAAAAAAAUUCCUAUUUCACCAAUAAUGUUUCUUUAACUGUCUGAGGGUGUUGAGAAUAGCAGAGCCUUUAAUUUGUCAAUAAAAUCUUUAUCUGAUAACUGUUA